AUGGCCCUCCAACUACCACGCAAAGAGAACAAAAACCAACAAGACGUGGAUCCCACGGAGUCCCUGACAAAGGCAUUAGCCAGUUUCAAGCAGGUUUUAAAAACUGAGCAACGGAAAAAGUUCGAAGAUAGCACGACAGUCCCUGAUGCGGGGAGUGUCCUGUUUUUCGUCGCCCAGCUUGAUGCUGAGAACGCGAGCAAGACCAGGCGAAGCAUCGCCCCUCGACUAUGUACCUUCCUGACUGCAACACAGCAGUUUGCGGGGGCUGUGGAAACAUUCGUCAGCUCCCAUCCGGAGACGGCGGCCUUGAUUUGGGGUGGAAUCAAAACCGCCAUAACCGUGGCCAGCAACGUCGCCUCUUAUUUUGACAAAGUCACCAACAUGAUCAAGGACAUCGGUAUUACCUGCCCGACCAUCCAACAAUUUGGCCAGCUUUACCAUGGACAUGUUGGUCUUCAGCGUUCAUUGUGUGACUACUAUUCCGUGAUAAUUGAGCUAUGCAGCAAGGUUAUUGAGGUUUCUCGCCGACCAGCAGCCAUUCGCACCUUCAUCUCGAUUUGGAAUCCCUUCGAAUCCGAAUUCAACCCGUGCUUGGAGCGACUGGCUUCAUCCAAGGACCAAGUGAUGUUACAGAUCUCUCUUGCCUCAGAAAUGGCUGCCCACGAGGCCAAGAUGUUGUUAGAAUAUGAGAGCAAGAAAAACUCCUCGCAUAGAGCCUCUGCUUUGAAAUUUUUCAAGCGUUCAGCACACCACCAAGAAGAGGCGAGGCAGUGGCAGAUCAACCAGACAAAGCGAGAAAAGGCGGCCUUGAAGAUCCAAAUCCGACAGAAUCUGUCCCCGGUCGACCACAUUCCACCUUGGAAACGAAUUCUAAAGCAGCGAGUCCAAUCGACCGCCGAGUGGGUACUGCAUGAAGACGCAUUCCUUGAAUGGAAGGCUAGUCCAGAAUCAUCAAUCCUUUGGUGCUCUGGGACGAUGGGCAUGGGGAAGACUGUUCUGAUGUCUAAUGUGGUCUCUUUUCUACAUUCGGCACGACGUGAAAAUGAUUCUGUUGCGCAUUUCUUCUGUCAAGCAGACAAUCAGCCAUCUCUUUCGGCGCGAAACAUCGUCGGUAGCAUUUGUCGCCAGCUGCUUGAUUCGUUGAUUGAGGGCAGCAGUCACAAAGAUCUGCUCUCGAUUGAGCACGACUGUGAAGGUUUGGACACGAAUGAAACCAUACAAUUCCUCCUCUCGAAAAUGGUCAAGGAGCGGAUGUACUAUAUUGUCCUUGAUGGAAUAGACGAGUGUGAGAUGGCUCAGAUUCGAGAAAUGGCAAGGGCUUUGGAGAUGCUCUCCCAAGGAAAGUUGGGGACGUUGAAGAUUAUUUGUGCAGGUCGUCCGGGCCUUGAGGUGGAUUUGUUCAAGUGGCGCCGGCCACAGCAUCGCGUUGUGAUUGAUCAGGGGAAGCUCAACGUCGAUAUGGAACGAUACAUCGCUGCAACCCUAUAUGAUUGCUUGGAGGAUGGGGAGCUGGUCCUUCAAGAUAAGGAUAUCAUCACAACGAUCGCGGAUGCUUUACUGGAGGGCUCCCAUGGAAUGUUUCUUUGGGCAGGUCUAUGUAUCAGAGAUCUGUGUGAAAAGAACUGCGAUGAAGACAUACUUGAUGCGUUGAAGCACCUUCCGCGUGGUUUGGCUGAGCUUUUUGACUCAAAGAUUCGUCGAAUCCAGCAGGGAAAGGAUUCUCACCAUGCAAUAGACUUGCUCCAAUACUGCGGUGUGGUGAAGCGCCCACUGACCAUUGAAGAAUACCGGGAAGCUUUAAGCAUCUCCCUCGGCGAUAAGUCUCUGAACACAAAGCGGCUACCCAAUGAUAUGAAUCGAAUUGUCCGUGGAUGUUUCGGCUUGACAUUCAUUGAUGACGAAGAGCAUACAAUUCAUUACACCCAUCAUAGUGUCAAGGAACAUCUCUUCCACACUAAGAACAAGGAUCCCGCAAACCUUGACGCCAAAAAAGUCAAUGAGCACUUCGGCGUUUUGUGCAUGACGUAUCUGAAUUUCACCAAUUUCAGUCGUCAGGUAGUGAAGGCUGAGGAAGGACUCAUGAUUGAUCCUCUCCUUCUUGGCGCACUUUCUAUUUCCAGUAGAAAUAGAUGGAUACCGGAGGUGCAGUCAUCCUGA